GAAAAUGGGUUAAUGUGGAGCCCGGGAGGAGGGAAGAAGAGGAAGAGGAAGGCCCAGCAGGGAGCGGCGAGGUGACAGACAGACAGACCGACGGGCACACACACAGCAUUAUGGCGAAUUUAGCCGUGCAGGACCUCAAAACCCUGGACAUAAGCCUGUUGACGGCGCUCUCCCCGGAGGUUAUCAGCCGGCAAGCCACCAUCAACAUCGGCACCAUUGGCCAUGUGGCGCACGGCAAGUCCACCGUGGUCAAGGCCAUCUCAGGAGUGCAAACCGUCAGAUUCAAGAAUGAGCUUGAGAGGAAUAUUACCAUUAAGCUCGGGUACGCUAAUGCCAAGAUCUACAAGUGUGACAACCCCAAGUGUCCACGGCCGGCGUGCUUCAUCUCCGCCAGCUCACACAAGGAAGAUGCAUUCCAGUGCGCUCGCUCCAGCUGCUCCGGGAAGUUCCGGCUGAUCCGACAUGUGUCUUUUGUGGACUGUCCCGGCCACGACAUUCUCAUGGCCACGAUGUUGAACGGAGCUGCAGUGAUGGACGCCGCGCUGCUCCUCAUAGCUGCCAACGAGACCUGUCCACAGCCCCAGACCUCAGAGCACUUGGCCGCUAUUGAGAUCAUGAAGCUGAAGCACAUCCUGAUCCUGCAGAACAAGAUUGACCUCUGUCGCGAGUCCCAGCUGAGGGAACAGUACGACCAGAUCCUUAGGUUUAUACAGGGCACUGUAGCGGAGGGGGCACCGGUCAUCCCCAUCUCGGCACAGCUCAAGCUUAACAUCGAUGUGGUGUGCGAGUACAUCACCAAGAAGAUCCCCAUCCCCGAUCGCGACUUCCUCACCGAGCCCAGACUCAUCGUGAUCCGCUCCUUCGACGUCAACAAGCCCGGCUGUGAAGUGGAGGAUCUGAAAGGCGGAGUGGCUGGCGGCUCCAUCCUUAGAGGGGUGUUGAAGAUUGGCCAGGAGAUUGAAGUGCGACCAGGUAUCAUGUCUCGUGACGCUGAGUACGGCCGCGUCAUCUGCAAGCCCAUCAGGUCCCGCAUCAUUUCCCUCUUUGCCGAGACUAAUGAACUCCAGUUUGCGGUGCCCGGCGGCCUUAUCGGCGUGGGCACUAAGAUCGACCCCACGCUGUGCCGCGCCGACAGGAUGGUGGGGCAGGUGUUGGGUGCUGUGGGCUCGCUGCCGGAGAUUUUCACGGAGCUUGAGAUCUCGUACUUCUUGCUGCGCCGCCUGCUGGGAGUGCGGACCGAGGGGGACAAGAAGGGCGCCAAGGUCCAGAAGCUCACCAAGAACGAGAUGCUGAUGGUGAACAUUGGAUCGCUGUCCACCGGGGGCCGCGUGUUGGCCGUGAAGGCUGAUUUGGCCAAGAUCACCCUCACCCAGCCUGUCUGCACCGAGGAGGGGGAGAAGAUCGCUCUCUCCAGGAGGAUUGAUAAGCAUUGGAGGUUGAUCGGAUGGGGUCAGAUCCGGCGAGGAGUCACCAUCAAGCCGGAGUGAUGAGGACGAGGAUUAGCUCGGAUAUGAAAGAAAAAAAUAAGAAAAAAACUAAUUGUAAGGUUGUUAGCUCUUUGUUACACACAUAUACACACUCGCACAGCCUCACACACAUUUACGUAGUAGUCUUAAAAUAUAUAUACAAAUAAAGGCUUAAAUAGCUCAAGUACGGGAAGGAAGGAAAGAAGCAGGUAAGAGGAUCAAGUAACUGUGGUUGAAUUUACAUUGGAGAAAAAAAAUAUAAAAUUAAAUGACUGGAAUUUUA